AGUGGCGGCAAGGAGUCGGUUAGGGCCCUCUUCGACAGUCUCAUCUUUGAUGGCUUCGCUUCAGCGAUCAUACCAAGUACACUGACAGUUUACGUCAUCAGAAUAACCUAUGUGUGCUUAAAUGAAGGCACGACGGUUCCCGAUGUGGUAAUGACCUGGGGACCUACAGUGAUCGGCCUGUUUAUGCUGUCUGUGACCACAGAACCAGUCGAUAAAUACAUCAGUCAGGCUCUUAAUGAUACUGUCCGAAAAUUGUAA